AUGAUUAUCUUUGACGCAAGACUCGAAUCGACCCUUGAUAAAGCCGUGAAAGCUCAUUGUGAUUUAGAGAAGAAAAGUGGAGUGCUUGCUUCACCCCAUUUUCUCAUUGGCACUUUUGCUGAAGGCUUUGAUAUUCAUAUAGCGCAUAUCACUAAAUGUCCACUACCUGCCACGGCUACUGCAACGGGUGGUGAUGCAGCUUCUAAAACAGUCGAUGAUCAAUGGCUUGUGGAAUCAGCUGAGAAAGUGAUCCGUAUGUUGCCCGGAGGAAUUGAUCUCGUUGGGAUUCUCUGGCUUUCAAACAAAAAUAUUUUCAUCGAACAGCGUCCACGUUUGAUUAAAGCAUUGAGUCGAAUUGCGAAAUAUUCCACGGCUUUAACUACCAUGAAACUUUUCUCGUACAUUGAGAAUAUGGUACUUGUAAAUGUUGAAAUCCCAUUGGGUAAACCUCAAGCCGUUGUUGUCGAUGUUGUUAAUCGAUCACCUGAAAGUCCAACAAAAGUUGUUUUCAAUAAGCUCGAAUGGGUUUCUAUUGUUUCAAGAGCUGGUGGCAGAAUUAGUGAUCAUAUAGCAAAUUUGAAGACAGAAAAUUUCUACAAUGACUUUGUUGAUCUAUUGAAGCCUUGGGCUCAACGAAUUCUUGAUUGCAACUUGAUUUUGGUUGAUGGAAAAGUGCGUGAGACAAAUGAAUAUCUAAAUAAAGAUCCAAAGAACAAAAAGUCCUCAUUUGAGUUGGUUUUGUUGACAGAAUCUGAAGGAAGCGAUGACAGUACAACGACAUUGCAACAAGAAUCGACCACAAAUUGGCACGAUUUUGUUUUCGAUAUUGAGAUCCGAGCUGCUGUUCCUGUAAAGAGUAAAGUUGAAUUUGCAGUGCUUGCUACAAAGCAACAUAUCAUUCGAAAUAUGUGUUCUCGAGCAGUUCUUCAUUAUGAAUCUAUGGAAGUUACGGAAGAUCGUGGAACUGGUGGUAGUCAAAUCAUUCAUCAGAUGCCACGCCCCGCCACAACUACUUUACCAUAUCACUCAUCGAUAUUGUUUUCCGAUUUUCUUUUUGAAGCAGAUACUAUUGAAGAUGGACAAAAGAAUAUGAAAGAAUUGUUGGAAAUUGAGGCCAGCAUAGAACAUGUUGAUGAUGGAUGGGAAAGAGCACUUGAGGUUGGAGAAAUGGAACAAGUCCGAGCACCUGGAGUUGUACCCGAUCAUCUACCAUUGAUCAUAUCACUUCAAGAAAAGCAAUCGAGAUUCUGGUUUUAUGUUAUGAUCAUUGUUUCGGUUUUGGUUCUACUCAUUUCGAUAAUCCUUUAUCAAGUGAUCAAAAAA